AUGUACGAUGGGAACGAGUAUGAUCUAAACCUUGACUGGAUCUUCAGCACCGAAGUAGAUCAGGUCUUCAGUAACGCUUCCGACCAGCCACCAUUCUACUUUUCAGGACAACUGUCCCAGCAGCUUCCCGACAAUGGCAGAAUUCAAGAGAGGCAAUUAAUACACGAUUCAACUUCGCUUGGUCUACCGGUGCCCAUUGCUCAAGAGUCAUAUAGCCACGAUGAUCCCAUGGCUGGCCAUGCUGCGCCGCUUCCAGCACUCCACCUUCCUCCUCUGUCGACGACCGCUGGGAACGAAGAAUACCCUUCGUUCUUUAUGACCAAGUCUGUAGGUUCGUCGACGAGAGAGUUGAUGACAAACUGGCUGCGGCUACCGCUUGAAAAGAAGAUGUGGGAUAUCGUCUCCUUGGCCGCCUUCCCAACGAAGGAAGAACUGGAUCUAUGUAUCGACCUGUUCUUUGCGCACUGGGAUCGACACUGCCCUGUUGUGCACCGCCCAACAUUCGAUCCAGUCCUGGAGCCCGUUGUCACUCUUGCCAUGGUAACAUUAGGUGCUUGUUAUACUAAUUUCGGUGGCGCCCUUGCAUUUGCAAAUGCACUAUCUGAACUUGUUCGACGACUGCUUGUAUUCAUGGCAGAACAGGAUCCUAGAUUUGUCCGCACGGAAUACUACAUUACUGCCCAGCUGCUCCAGGCAUGCCAUGGUUUUGCGUGCAGCAAUCGACACCUUUUCGAGCUAGCUGAGUCUAGUCGUGCGACUUUGGUCAAUCAUGGCAGACGUAUGGGGUUAUUCUCUCCCCGCAAAUCUACCUGUCCUUACAAUGCAUCUCUUGAGGAGCGCUGGAGUGCCUGGAUUGUGGAUGAACGAUUCCGUCGGCUCGGCUGGGGUAUUUAUGGAUUCGAUGCGUCGUCUAGCUAUCUCUUCAAUGCCAAGCCUCAUAUCUCGCUUUUCGAAGCCGACGAAAUGGAUCUUCAAAUGUCGACAAGCCAUUGGGAAGCGCCCUCGGCAUACGCGUGGGCGGCCCUUCAUCCCUGGACACUUACUCCAAAGAAUAUUCCUUUUCACCUGCUACUGGAUUCUUUCUUUCAAAAUCCGUCCAAAGCGCACGCCAGCCUGAACGAGGACCACCACAGAUUACCCGUCAUUCUCACCAUUAUGCGCACUCUAUGGACCGUCAGAGAGUUGGAAGGCAAUCCGGUCAGGGAUUUCUUCCAAGGUAAACAGUCCCAUGCUGAAAACCGGACGCUCCUGUUGCACAUCCUCAAUCAGUUCCUGGUUUCGCCACGAUCUCCGACCGCACUCCUCACGAGCCGGUCCCUGAUUGACGUUGUGCACCGUCUCCAGACUGUCCACAUGGCACAUAUACUCGGUGCCGGAGCGUUUACUAACUGGUUGUAUCCUGUUCUUCGGGGUGGGCCUGAAUUUGGGGUGGCUGAGGAAAGAAUGAAACAAUGGGCCGACGAGGACCCUUCUCGAGUUCGAGACCAAGCGUUACGCUGUGGGCAGGUGCUGGGCCUAACGCGAGAGUUUCCCUUCAAUUAUCCUCAGGAGGCUUUCAAUGUCUAUCACGCGGGGACGCUGCUAUGGUGCCUCUGCGGUAUCUUGCGCAAGCAAUCAACCACACCCGGUUUCGUCGGUUUGCGGAUCUACCGGCUCGAUUUCCUCGGGGAGAAAGACAGCCCAGAGUUGGUCAACAUACGGAAUUGGAUCCGGAAUGGCCAACCGUGUAAGCUGUCGGUUCAUGGAGUUCCGGAUCUCUUGUCCGAAGACGGUCGAUCGCAUCUCCUCCAUCAAGUCGCUGAGAUCCUACGGGCCAUGCGCGUGUGGGGGAUUGCACAUAACUUUCUUCGAGCGGUGCUUAAACUUGCAGGAAAGGAGUCAUAA